AGAUAAUAUAUCUAUGUAUAUCUUAUAAAGUUGGAGAUAGCAUUAUUUUACCAUGGUUCUUAUCAGUUAUCACAUAACACUCUCGUAUAUAAUUACAAUAUCGUAUACAACUUAGAUCAUAUACCUACAUUAUACCAAAACCAAAUUAUACAUUAUAUGAUCUAAGCUACGGUGUGCAAUCACUACAUUAGAGAGUAGACUUGUUAGUUUUUGUUUCCUGUAAUUCGUAUUUUUUAUUACUUCUAGGAAAAGUUGUAAAUCAGUUAUGCCUUACGUUUACAGUUUUUAAACGGAAUUUUGAUUUUAUGGCCAUUUUUUGAAUUGAUAUUAUAUUUAUUAUUGUACUUACUCCAUAUAAUUACUUAAACUUAAUUAUAUAUACUGAAAUCAUUGUAAGUAUUAACACUAUAAGAAGUUUAAAUUUAUAAAAUUACAUUAAUGUUAUGUCACAUCUGUGAUUUUCUGUGGUUAAUAUAUCAUUAAAUUAGAAAAAAAAAUCUAACCAGUGGAAAGUUUCUACUAUUUAAAGAGUUUCUACUAGAAACUUUUCAAAUUCUACCUCAGUACACUACUAAUUUAUAAACUAAUAUAUUUUGUGUUUUUAUUAUUAAUAUUUUUGUUAUAAAUUGUAAAAACUAUACAAAUUUGUAAAAUCAAUUUCUUUUAGAAAAGUUCAUAAAAUCUACAAAUUUAAACCAUAUUCUUAGUACUUAGGGUACACAUAAUAAUUUUUUUAAAUCAUCUUGAGUUACACUAAUAAGUUUUCCCAAACUAACUCAAAACAGUUAUAGUUUUUAAAAUUCAUUUUUAAUUUAUUUAUAUUUUAUAAUAUAAUAAAAAUUAAUUUUAUUGUAAUUAAAAUAAAUGAUAUAUAUAAUUUAACCAGUACAUAUUUAAUAAGUCUUCUAAGUACUCUAAACAUCAUUGUGUAUAAUUUACAAUAAAAACUCUAAUUAAACAACUUGAAACUCAAACAAAUAUCUUAAGGCUAAAUUACUAGAAAAUACCUAUAUAAAUUUUAAACAAAAUAAUUAUUGAAUAAUUAAGGUGAUAGAAAAUUAUUGAAAUAACAACUGCUUGAAUAGCAUGCAUGUAGCUUAUGUUUGUACUUAUAAAUAAGGAUAUACUUAUUAUUACUAUACUUUAUUUAGAAUUAUUGUAUACCAGGUGGCCAACUAAACCAGUUUCAGUUCUUGGUCAUCUGGUAUGAUUAUUUAAUGUAAAUACUAAAUACAAUAUAGCAAGUAAUAUAGGCAACCAUAGUUUCUGAUUUUAUUAAUACUUACUUUUAAUAGUUUUAUAAUGAUUAAAAUUUACUUUUAUAGGUUUUAAAAAGUUGAAAUAUUUGACUCAUCAGUAUAUAAAAGAAAAUCAAGAAUGUCUGAAUUUGGUGAUGAGGAUAUGGAUUACUCAGACCAAGAUCAGGAUGAUUACGAAGAUUAUUACAAUGCAGAACGUGAUGUUAAGAGUCCACCAUACUGUCCUGAUCCUGAAUAUUUUCCUGUUCAAUGUCUCACAGUUGACGAAGUUGAAAAAUUUUUAAAUGAACUUGUUGAACAAUUAUGUAAUAGCAUACAUGUUACACCAUCAAUGUCCAAAGUUUUACUAUAUGAAAAUAAAUGGGCUGUUCAAGAAGUAUUAUGGAAAUUUGAAGAAGAUGCUGACAAACUAUUUAUUGCUUCAAGAAUGAAAACAUUACAACCAGUUUCAAAAAAAAAGAAAAUAGAGGAAUUUAUUUGUGCAGUUUGUGUGGCACCGGUAGCUAAAGAUUUAGGAAUUACUAGCUUAGCUUGUGGACAUUGUUAUUGUGAUAAUUGUUGGCGUUGCCAUUUUGAGAGUAAAAUAAGUCAAGGUGUGAGCACUGAACUUUCUUGUAUGGCAUUGAAUUGUGAUUUACUAGUACCAGAAGAAAUAGUUUUAUCAGCAGUUAAUAAACCAGUUUUAAGGAAACAAUAUCAACAUUUUGCAUUUUGUGAAUAUAUUAAAUCACAUCCAUUAUUACGUUUUUGCCCUGGAGCUAACUGUAAUGUUGUUAUAAAAUCUGUAGAGUGCCUUGCUAAAAAAGCUACAUGUACUCAGUGUGAAACUUCAUUUUGUUUCAAAUGUGGAAAUGACUAUCAUGCCCCUACAGACUGUGUAACUAUUAAAAAAUGGAUUACAAAAUGUGCAGAUGAUAGUGAAACAGCAAAUUAUAUCACUGGUAAUACCAAGGAGUGUCCUAAAUGCAAUAUUUGUAUUGAAAAAAAUGGUGGCUGUAAUCAUAUGCAAUGUUUAAGCUGUAAAUUUGAUUUUUGCUGGAUGUGUUUAGGAGAUUGGAAAGCACACGGUACAGAAUAUUAUGAUUGUUCCAAAUACAGAGAAAAUCCACAAAAUGGUUCAGAAUCUGCCAAAGCUCGUGAAGCAUUAAAACGAUAUCUUCAUUAUUAUGAGCGUUGGGAAAAUCAUUCUAAAAGUUUACUAUUAGAAAAGCAAACAUCAGCUAAAAUAAAAGAAAGAAUUAACAGUAAAGUAAUGACAAGUAAAGGUACAUGGAUUGAUUGGCAGUAUCUAUUAGAUGCAGCUACUUUACUAGCCAAAUGUAGAUACACUCUUCAGUAUACAUACCCAUAUGCAUAUUACUUGGAUAAUGGACCAAAAAAGGAACUCUUUGAAUAUCAACAAGCCAAAUUAGAAGCUGAAAUUGAAAAUUUAUCAUGGAAAAUAGAAAGAGCAGAAACUACUGAUAGAGCUGAACUAGAAAAUCAGAUGGAUGUUGCUGAGAAACGGAGGGGUACUAUGCUUCAAGAUUUUUUUCAAACUUAACUGAGUAAUUUUAGAUUUAGUUAUUAAAUUAAUGUAAAAUUUGCAUAAAUUAUAAUUUUUUUAAUUUAUUUUAAUAUAUUUUGUGUACAUCUUAAGAUUCUUUUAACUAAAUAAUGUGUAAUA